CGGUCGCCGCAUGCAAGGGCUUCUGGGAGCCGAGCCUCGGGGUCUCGGGGAAGGGGCGCAGGUAGCCGCCAUCUUGAGCUGCGAACCUUGUCACUACGAUCAACGCUAGGGGCGGAGUGGCGACCCUACGGUUACCUGCAGCGGACGCAGCUACCGGGAAAACUGGGAAGUUAAGGCAUCGGGUACUGCCACAUUAAUGGGUUCCCGAGGGAGACCGCGGUGGCGGGGGCGUGGCAGCCGGACCUAUUCCUUACUGACGCGAAGGUGCGGGGAAUACAGAUCCUCGCAGGCAGCCAGGCUGGCCUUCAGAGGGAUCCUUAAACGGCCGAGCUCAUCCUCCUGCGGUUCGGCUUCUUCGUGCCUUGAUGCAAUGGCUAGUCCAGGGAAAGAUAACUAUAGAAUGAAAAGUUACAAGAAUAAAGCCCUAAAUCCCCAAGAAAUGCGUAGACGAAGAGAAGAAGAAGGAAUACAGCUUCGAAAACAAAAAAGGGAAGAGCAGUUGUUCAAACGCAGAAAUGUCUCUUUGCCCAGAAACGAUGAGUCUAUGCUAGAAAGUCCUAUCCAGGAUCCAGAUAUCAGUUCCACUGUCCCCAUUCCAGAGGAAGAAGUUAUCACCACAGAUAUGGUUCAGAUGAUUUUUUCUAACAAUGCUGAUCAACAGCUAACAGCAACACAGAAAUUUAGAAAGCUGCUUUCCAAAGAACCUAAUCCACCAAUUGAUCAGGUUAUACAGAAACCAGGAGUUGUACAGAGAUUUGUGAAAUUUCUUGAAAGAAAUGAAAAUUGUACUUUACAGUUUGAAGCUGCAUGGGCAUUAACUAAUAUAGCAUCUGGAACUUUUCUGCAUACCAAGGUAGUGAUUGAAACUGGGGCAGUUCCAAUUUUUAUCAAACUUCUUAAUUCAGAGCAUGAAGAUGUACAAGAGCAGGCUGUUUGGGCACUUGGUAAUAUUGCUGGUGACAAUGCAGAAUGCAGAGAUUUUGUUUUGAAUUGUGAAAUACUUCCACCUCUUUUAGAGUUAUUAACAAAUUCAAACAGACUUACAACAACCAGAAAUGCUGUAUGGGCCCUCUCAAAUUUAUGUAGAGGCAAAAACCCUCCUCCAAACUUUAGUAAGGUUUCACCUUGCUUAAAUGUCUUGUCACGAUUGUUGUUCAGCAGUGACCCAGAUGUAUUAGCAGAUGUAUGCUGGGCCCUUUCUUAUCUUUCUGAUGGACCCAAUGAUAAAAUUCAAGCAGUCAUUGAUUCUGGAGUCUGUCGAAGAUUGGUGGAACUUUUGAUGCAUAAUGAUUAUAAAGUUGUAUCGCCUGCAUUAAGAGCAGUUGGUAAUAUUGUGACUGGUGAUGAUAUUCAAACACAGGUAAUUUUGAAUUGCUCUGCAUUACCAUGUCUCUUACACUUGUUGAGUAGCCCAAAGGAAUCAAUCAGAAAAGAAGCCUGCUGGACUGUUUCUAACAUCACUGCUGGAAAUAGAGCUCAGAUUCAGGCUGUUAUAGAUGCAAAUAUUUUUCCUCUUUUGAUUGAGAUUCUUCAGAAAGCAGAGUUUCGCACCAGGAAAGAAGCAGCUUGGGCUAUAACUAAUGCAACAUCAGGAGGUACUCCAGAACAAAUAAGGUAUUUGGUAGCCUUAGGUUGCAUUAAACCACUUUGUGACCUGUUGACUGUUAUGGACUCUAAAAUAGUCCAAGUGGCUUUAAAUGGACUUGAAAAUAUUUUACGUCUUGGAGAACAAGAAUCUAAGCAGAAUGGAAUAGGCAUUAAUCCUUACUGUGCUCUCAUUGAAGAAGCAUAUGGUCUGGAUAAAAUUGAAUUUCUGCAAAGCCAUGAAAAUCAGGAAAUUUACCAAAAGGCUUUUGAUCUGAUUGAACAUUACUUUGGUGUAGAGGAAGAUGACCCCAGCAUUGUACCUCAGGUGGAUGAAAGUCAGCAACAGUUCGUAUUUCAGCAGCAGGAAGCACCAAUGGAAGGAUUUCAACUUUAACUUGGUGGGGUAAAAAUUACUGGCUAUGAAGGAUAGUUUCAGAGAUCUCUUCUUUGUUACAAUAUCAGUAGGAGUGUUUGCUGUGUUUUUACUUAGGAAAAGGAAAAAGUUGAUGCACUUUUAAAAAGCAAAACAAAAGAAGUUUCCAUUCAGAUGCAAUCUUUCAUUU